AUGAACCAACGUCGAUGUAUCGUUUGUCUCCUUGUCGUUACUAUGUUAACAAUCGUGAUACUACUUGCUGUUUACUUUAAAUAUCAUUCUAAAAAACAAGAAGUUAUACCAAUUAGUAUAUUAGAUACAACAACUAUUGCUGUCAUUACAAUUUCAAAUAGUGAUGAUAAUACUAAUCAACGAUUAACACUUGAUUUUACUUCAGAACCUGGUUCAACAAAUCAAUUAAACAACCCAGCAACAAGUACAUCAUACUCAGUAAAAGACUCAACGUCUAGUAUAUCGACAUAUACAUUGGUAGCUGACUCAUCAAAAAACAUUCCAAAUACAGCACAAUCUACUUUUCAAACAACAAAUAUAGAUAUUACAGGACAAAAGAUAACAACAUCUGGCAAUGCUCAAAAAACAUUCUUCAUGACAAGCACAAUGAAAUCUAAUCUUUAUACAACGUUGGCGAGCAGUACAAAGCAAGAAUUGAGAACAACUGAUAUAACUCAAUUAACAAUGGCUAACAAACAAGGUGACACAACAACUGCAUCUUCCACAUCACUUACAGAAACAGCAGCAACAUCUACUUUAGAAUCAUUAUCGACAGCUAUGAAGUUAGAUAUAUCUGAAACUGCUUCAAAACCGACGCCGAUAACUAGCUCUCAGCUUCCCUUCGUAUCUUCAACCAGAGAUAGUUCUUUAUUAUCAUCGAUGUAUUCGGCAACAAGUACGUCUCAGUUCAUAUCAGAAUCUUUGAAAAGGGUUAGUUUAAUAUUACCAUCGGUAUCUACAACAAUAAGUAGUUCUCAGUUAACAUCAGAAUCAUCAACAACAGAUAGUUUAGUAUUGACACCGAUACCUACCAUCACAAGUAAUUCUCAAUUCAUGUCACAAUCUUCAACAACAGAUAGUUCAAUAAUGUCAUCGACGCCUAUGAAAACCAUUAUCGCUGAUUUAACAUCAGGAUCUUUGACAGAAGAUAGUUUCCUGUCAACAUCAAUGUCUGCGAUGAUAGACAGUAUCCAGUUGACUUCAGGAUCUUCGACAAUAGAUAGCUCAGUAAUAUGGUCGACACCUAUGACAACAAUUAGUACGGAGGUAACAUCAGAAUCUUUGAUCGGAGAUAGUUCCGUGUCAUCAUCGAUAUCUGCAAUCACAGACAGUACUCAAUCGACUUUUGAAUCUUCGAGAACAUAUAGCUCAUUAUUAUCAUCGAUAAUUAUGGCAACAAGUAGUACUGAGUUAGCGUCAGAAUCUUCAACAAUAGAUAGUUUAGUAAUGUCGUCGACACCUAAAACAGCAGGUACUUAUCAGUUCGUAUCAGAAUCGCUGACAACAGAUAGUUCAACAAUAUUGUCAAUAGAUAUGGGAAAAGAUAGUUCUCAGUUUACAUCAGAAUCCUCGACAAUAAAUAAUUUAGUAUCACCUUUAACAACAAUGUCUGGAAGUAGCUCUCAGUUCACAUUAGAAUCCUUGACAACACUCAGUCCGAUGGUAGCCUCGACACCGCUAGUAACGAGUAGCUCUCAGUUACCACCAGAAUCAUCAACAAUAGAAAGUUCAGUAUUAUCAUCGUUACUUAAGGAAACGAGUAGUUCUCAGCUCACAUCAGAAUCCUUAACAACUGAUAUUUCGAUAGUGUCAUCGAUACCUUUGGUAGCGAGUACUUCUCCGUUUACAUCGGAAUCUUUAAUAACUGAUAGUUCAGUAUUGUCAUCAACAUCCACAGCUUCAAGUGAUCCUAAAUACUUGUCGGCAACUAUGGCUACACAGAAUUCUGAGCCAUCAGGAACAAGUACAAUGUCAAGUAAUAACGAUGUAUUAUCUAAAACUAUGACAACAGGGUAUUCUGAAUAUACAUCAACAACAAUGAUUACGACUACUACUCAAACAACCUCUACAACCAUUACAAUAGACGUAACAACAACAGUGGAGACAGAUAUGUCAACAAGUAUGUAUCUUAUUUAUAAACAAGAUGUAGUAAAGCGGUAUAAUUAUUCAUCUUUAGCAAUGGGAAUAGCCAGCACGCAAGUUACAAAUAUUCCAUCAUCCGUGAAAAUCACUAGCACAAUGAUGAAUAACAACGUUCAAACGUUGACUUCUACUCAAUCAGUCUUUUGGAAUAUAGAUAAACCGCUUAACACUGCACGAUCUAACUUUGGAAGUGCAUUAUUAGCAAACGGACAAGUUCUUGUAGCUGGAGGUUUAAUUACUAGCAGUUCGGCAAUUUCACAGACUGAAGUGUAUACAUCGACUGGGUGGCAACUGGCAUCUUCCAUGAAACUUGCACGUGCUUAUCAUACUGUUACUGCUUUUGCAAGUAAUACUAAAGUAUUAGCCGCUGGUAGUGCAACUACAAACGGUCUACAAACUGCCGAAGUAUAUAACAUUUUGAACAAUACAUGGACAUUCACAUCAAAUAAUAUGUCAAGUUCUCGUUAUGCACACACAGCCACACUACUUGGAAAUGGACAAAUACUCAUUGCAGGUGGAUAUAACGCUUCAGGUAAAAUUAUAUCUGCAGCCGAGCUUUAUAUUCCAUUAUCAAACUCAUUUAUUAACACAACUAAUAUGAAUAUAGCACGAUCUUAUUUUACAAGUACACUUCUUAGUGAUGGAUCUACUGUUCUUGUUACAGGAGGUGCUAAUGCUAGUAGUUAUCUCAUUUCAACAGCAGAACUUUAUAUUAAUGGUUCUUGGAUUCUCUUAUCCAGUAGUAUGACUCAAAGUCGAGCUUAUCAUGCUGCUGUAUUAUUAAAUGAUGGAACUGUAUUAGUUGUUGGGGGAGGUACCGGUGGAGCAACUGCAUAUUCAACUGCUGAGAUUUAUAAUGCAACAUCACGAAAGUUUACAGCUGUUGGAUCAAUGCAAUAUCGUCGAGGAGGAUUAACUCUUACACUUCUACCAUCAGGUAAAGUAUUAGCAGCAGGUGGUGCUGAUUGGACAUCCAGUACAUAUCCACUUGUAUGUGAAUUAUAUGAUCCUGUAACAAGAACUUGGUCAAAUACUACUAUGCUGAAUUAUGGAAGAAAUUAUCAUCAAACUGUUUUACUAAAUAAUUUUGUAUUAACUACUGGUGGCAAUAAUGGAAAUGUUAGUCGAGUUAUUAGUUCUGAAAGAUACAAUUUAUGA